AUGGACCCCUCUCCUGAGCUCGGUGACCAAGAUCCGCGCAGUCUCCUUCCUCCAGUGAGACUCUAUCGUCCUGGGAAAGGGGCGGUACCUCGCGAUGCGGAUGUAAUUCGUCCACACCCUCCCCUGUACGCUGGAGAUUUCGAUAAUCGCAAGUUGAAAGGCGCCUAUUACUGGGAAGGUCUCGAUCGUAACAAUCCUGAAGACGAGAGGCUUCGUCUGGGUCUUCAUUACGGUAAGGAGCGCAACCCGCGCUGCGACUUGUGCGAGAGAGAGGACAGGGCCUGCAUGUCUCUCCUCGGGAAGAAGUACCAAACCACUGGCUGUGCUUUCUGCAUUCGCAGGCACUUCCAGUGUUCGCAGGCCAACAGUAUUCAGAAGAGCGCCCCGAGUGUCCAAAAAAACGCCACAAAUGUCCGAAAGAACAAGGAUCCUCCGUUCCGACCAAGUGGCCACGCACACAAACGGGCCUUCGAAAAAGUAGGCAACAGGGAAGGAACAGAGCCUCCUGCAAAGCGCACCAGAGCAUCCCUGACUGGAAAGUCAUUCGAGUUUCUCCAAUUGACCACUCACGACGACGACGAUAAAGACGAGUACCACACACCGCCCGUAGAGUCCAAGAGAGGAUCAAUCUACACACUGGAAUUCAGCAACCAGGGAAGUGAAGACAGCUACAGGGAUCUUCCAGAUCUGAGACAAGCUGAGGACUACCAAAUGCUGUGGGAAGAGCCAAAGGCAAUUGCAGGUGACUCUGCACGCCGUUCUAGUUCGAGAAAAAGCGAUCCCGAAGGCCAGCAGAUGAUGAGUAUCAGAGAACGCUCUGUUCCAAGAGACAGGGACCAAAUUGAUCAACGAGAAAUCUCACAUAGCCACUGGCAAAAUAUACAAUCCAGGCUGGUGGUCCUGGAACAAGACAUGUCGACUUUACAGCGUGUGCAGGAAGGGCCUUGGCCUGCCACCAUGAAGGAGCUCGAUUCACGCGUACUCAAGCUCGAAAGGGCGAGAUCCGGCCUGGAUGUCAGUAGCUACGAAGAGGGGAUCAAACGCCUGGAAUCUAUGUUGGAGAGGGAAAGGCGCGAGCGCCGCUCCCUGGUGAGCAAACUCGAGUCCAAGAACAACAGUCUGGCCCAAGAUGUCGCGGUCCUGCAAGGCGAGAACGAAGGAUUGAGGGAAAGACUCAAUAAGCUGACGGGAAAGAUCAGGAGUGUGGCAGAGGGCAGGGCCUAUCAAAGCAGAGAAGAGAAGGAACAGAGCUACUGA